AUGCUAAGCAGAUUAAACUCAAUNGUGGUCAAGUUUUGUCACGAUAGCGGUAUUGUACACAGAGAUUUGAAACCUGAGAACAUUCUUAUGGCCACAAUUUCUUCUUCAUCUCCUAUCAAAUUGGCUGAUUUUGGGCUGGCAACCUAUAUAAAGCCUGGGGAAAAGUUGAGCGGCACAGUUGGCAGUCCUUUUUACGUAGCCCUGGAAGUGUUGUCAGGGGGAUAUUAUAACCAAGCUGCUGAUGUAUGGAGUGCAGGGGUUAUUUUGUACAUUCUUCUCAGUGGAGUACCUCCCUUUUGGGGAGAGACUAACUCAAAGAUUUUUGAUGCUGUCACGGCUGCAGAUUUGAGUUUUUCUGAAGAGCCAUGGGACCAUAUAACUUCAUACGCUAAGGAUUUGAUCCGGGGGAUGCUUUGUGUUGAUCCUUCCCAAAGGUUAUCAGCUGAUGAAGUUCUAGCUCACUCGUGGUGGAUGGAGCAAUUAUCUGAAUCAGGAUAUGAUCAGGAUGGGUUUGGCUGUGAAGGAUUGGAGAAUGGUGGUGGAUGCUCUUUCUCCACACAAUGCGUAUCUCGAGAACAAGAUUAUAGCUCUAGCAUGGCACAAUUAGAGCAAUCAAAAACAACAGGUUACGAUUGUAAAUCAUCAUUCUCGUCUUUCUUACCGCUGCCAAAUUCCGGUUUUGGUGGGUUUUCUUUUGAUGGGAAACAACCGGAAUCAACCUCAGCUGGCUUCUCAUCAACUGGAGUUCCCUCCAUGCCAAGCUUUACCUUUUUUAGCCCAGGCCCAGCGAACAGUGACAUCACUGAAACAGAUGGAAAACUUCGAGACUCAAGCCCAAAGAGGUCACUGCCUUCACCAGAUUCUUCUUCACAACUUGAGAGGCGUGAGGAAGCAGGGGAGACUCAGACGGAAGCAGAUUGUCGCUCGUCUGCUAGAGCAAAAAGAAAGAAGAUAACUGUUAUCAGUAAAAUAUUGUAUGUACACAUCUGA